CUUAUAAAUGCUCUCGCUAGAACCUAAUCCCCAAAAUCAUCUUCAAACCCAUCGCCUCCCUUGAAAAAAAACCCUAGCUUCUUCAAUCCCAAAAUUUUUCUUUCAGAAAUCCCCUCCCUAAUUUCUUCUUCAAAAUGCCUGCAAUGAUAGAAGAGCCAAUCCUAACCCCAAACCCAGACAGAUUCUGUAUGUUUCCAAUUCAAUAUCCACAAAUCUGGGAGAUGUAUAAAAAAGCAGAAGCAUCAUUCUGGACAGCAGAAGAAGUAGAUCUAUCACAAGAUCAGCGUCAAUGGGAAGCCUUAACCCCAGACGAGCGUCACUUCAUUACUCAUGUUCUUGCUUUCUUCGCUGCUUCAGAUGGAAUCGUGCUUGAAAAUCUGGCGGGCCGUUUCAUGAAAGAAGUCCAAAUCUCUGAAGCCCGAGCCUUUUACGGUUUUCAGAUCGCCAUCGAGAACAUUCAUUCCGAGAUGUACAGUCUGUUAUUAGAAUCUUACAUCAAAGAUUCGAACGAGAAGAAUCGAUUGUUUCGUGCAAUUGAGACCGUUCCUUGUGUGAAGCGAAAGGCGGAUUGGGCAUUAAAAUGGAUCGACGGUUCAGAGACUUUCGCAGAACGAAUCAUAGCCUUUGCUUGUGUCGAAGGAAUCUUCUUUUCAGGUAGUUUCUGUGCGAUAUUUUGGUUAAAGAAACGUGGUUUAAUGCCUGGUUUAACUUUCUCGAAUGAGUUAAUCUCGCGAGAUGAAGGUUUACACUGUGAUUUUGCUUGUAUGCUGUACGGGCUAUUGAAACAAAAGUUAAGUGCAGAGAAAGUCAAAGGAAUUAUUGCAGAUGCGGUUGUGAUUGAAAGAGAGUUCGUUUGUGAUGCUUUGCCUUGUGCUUUAGUUGGAAUGAACGGUGAUUUGAUGAGUCAGUACAUCGAAUUUGUUGCUGAUCGCUUGCUCCAAGCCCUUGGAUAUAGCAAACUAUAUAACGUUUCUAAUCCGUUCGAUUGGAUGGAACUCAUCUCUUUACAAGGGAAGACCAAUUUCUUCGAGAAGCGUGUUGGAGAGUAUCAGAAGGCAUCUGUUAUGUCCAGUUUGAAUAUCAACGGUGGUGAUACUCAUGUAUUUAAGUUAGAUGAAGAUUUUUAAUUGUAUUAAUAUCGUAAGGCGAGGAAUUCAUCUUGUUUUUAUUUAAGGGUUAGACGUGGUUAGGGUUGGUUUAUGUUUAGGUAAUGUCGGUAGUACUAGAUCAUAUGGUUGCUUUUGUUUUUCUACUUUUAGUUUUUGCUUUCUGUUUGCGGGUUCAGUGUGUUUUAAAUAAAAUUAAGUUUGUAAUUAUCUUAUUAUUAUUAAUUAUCUUUCGUCUGA